UUAGUUUACGUUUACUCUCAUUAGUUAAUUAUUUUUAUUAUUUUUAAUAUAAAACAAUAUGGAAGGAAUAAUAAGCGAGGAAAAGAAAAAAUUAAUAGAAGAAUUGAAUAAAAUGAUUAGUCGAGCAGAUUCUGUUUUAAAAGAAGUGUGUGGAUAUUAUCAAUGGGAUAUCAAGGACGUUGAAAAAGUCGCUGAAGAAAAUUACAUGAUUUGUCCUUUUAACAAAAGCCACGUAGUUCCAGAAAAAAGUAUGCACAGGCAUUUAGAAUCAUGUGAAUGGAGUACUCUUGGUUAUACAAAAGAUUGUAAACCACUACCAGAAUCAGCUAUUCCAACAGAUUCUCCUUUUACCAUUAAAUUUGAUAUUGAACUUCAAUUCAAAGUCCUUCAAGAAGCAAAACAGAAAAACCCUCAACUCAACAUAGGUACAGAUGAAAAAUUGAUUCCAAAAACUUCAGACAGACUCACAAGUGAUUUCACAAGAGAUGAGCGAAAAGCAAUAUAUGAGUAUGUUGUUGCUCAUACACUUGCUCCUGAUGUUGGUCAAGAUAUUGCAGAUUUAAAUAAACCAGAAAAAAAAGAGGAAAGAAGUGCAUCACUUUUAGAGUUAAUAGCUCAAGAAAGAAAUCUGAAACGACGUAAAACACGGUAUAGAGGAGUUCAUACUAAUAAAAAAUCUCAUUUAGAAAUUAUGAGAGAAGUAGUUCAACAGCAAAUGGAAAUGUACAAAGAAUACCUUGCUGAAAAGUAUGGUGUUCAAAUCCCUGAUGAAGAUCCAGAAAAUUCAUUUAAUAACAUUAAGGAUGAAACACGCUCUAGUUUACAUUCUGAAUUUUCAUCUUUUAAGAGCAAAAGUCAGGACAUGAAUCGUGAAUCAAAUAGAUCUAGAGAUCAUAAUACAAAUUAUAGAGAAAGUACAAAACAUCAUAGCUAUGAUUUACAUAGAUUUCAUUCUAACGAAUAUAAUGAUAAAUCUCAGGAAAGUUAUAAGCAUUAUAGUAGAGACUUAAGUAACAGCAGCAGACAUUCUAGUCGGUACGAAGAUCGUGAUUAUAAAAAUCAUUCAAAAGAUUCAUCAAGACGACACAACUAUCGUGAUGAUGUUGAAUAUACGUCUCGUAAUAAAUAUGAGGACAAAAAUUACUCUUGUAAAUACUCGGAUAAAAGUCAAAUAGAUUAUACGAAUACGAAUAAACGCUGCGAUAAAAUAAAGACAAUUCGCGAUAAUAACCGUGAUUAUAAUGAUUCAGAUAAAAGUUGUAACGAUAAGGAUCGCAGUAAUCUUAAACGCAAUCUCAGUAGCUCAAUUGAUAAAAACUCUUAUCCUAAAUCCAAAACUGACACUAAUAGUCACAUGAACGACGAAAAACAUGAAAAUAGUUAUAAAACAAAAAAACAAAAAUCAAGUAAAAGUAGUAAAGAAAAGAAACACAAAAAAUCAAAACAUAAAUACAAAAGUCGCAGCAGAAGUAGGAGUUAAGUUACGAAUUUUAUAUGAUUAAUUAUGUUAUAUUUUUUAUAUGAUAUGGAACUUGUAUGAAUAAUUCUUAUAUGCAAACUGAAAUUUAUUAAAUCAACUACUAAUAAUUGUGUUGUUUGAAUCUUAGUUACCUACUUGUAAAUAGUACCAAAUGUAAGUUGUACUUAUGUUCAUCAUGCAAAAACUUUAAAGGGUGGUUGUAAAUAAUUAAUGCUGUGAGUUUAAUAUUUUAUAAAUUUUGUAUAACUCUUGCAAAUGUAAUUUUGUAUAAAAAAGUUGCUAAUAAAU